AUGUCAUUACACCACUUAUCCUUGCUGACCAGUCAGUCACCUGCCUCCCCACCCACCUCAUGGGUUCCAGGCCCAUCCCAUCUCCGCCCACAGUGUAAGGCAGGGGAACAAAUUUUUCUAUGGCGGGGCACAAAUUCUCCACCCCCUUCGACUAUCGACAAUCUGGUCAUUCGCCACAUAGCCAGUCUAGCGAACCGCGCAUCACUUCGGGACACCACCAGCUACGGAGCCGGGCUGCGAAAAUUUCACCUUUUUUGUGACAUAUUCUCGAUUCCAGAAGCGGACCGUCUUCCAGCAUCAUUCAAGCUGCUUCACUCCUUUGCCCUUUGGGCCAUCACAGAUCCCCAGCCUGGCGAUUCAAUUUUUCUCCGUGGGCUGCGCACCUGGCACAUCGCCCAGGGCUGGCCUCCCCCACUCUCUGAAUCCCAUCACAACCGCAUCAAUUGGUCCUUGUGCAGCCUGGAAAACAUUCAAAUUAGCCGUCAAAGGCCCCUCAGGCCACCCGUCACGCUAUCAAUGCUGGUAGCUCUCAAAGCCACACUCGUUCUGUCAGACCCCUUCGAUGCUUGCGUUUGGGCAAUAGCGUCAUGUGCCUUCUUUGGCAUGAUGCGGUUCGGUGAAGUUUCCGUCACUUCUCGAGCAGCCUUUACCCCUUCCAAGCACCUCACCCGUGCGCACACAUUCUUUGGUGUUGAUUUGCUGGGCAGCCCUUACGCCUGUCUCGACCUGCCAUCCGCCAAAACUGCACGGGCAGGGGAAAUUCAAUCAGUCUUUCUCAACGAGCAGGGGGACUUAUGCCCCCUAGCAGCCCUGUGCAACCUGGCACAGGUUGUUCCUGCCCUCGCCGACGACCCCCUAUUCUCGUGGCGAGACAGUAGAGGCGACAUUCACCUGAUGGCGAAGAUUCGGGCCCUAGAACGCAUCAAUUCCAUCCUGAUAGCGUGGGGAUGGGGCACAUCCUUCGGGCACUCCUUCCGUAUAGGUGGCGCAUCCUUUUACCUAGCUAAGAAGAUUGACCCAGAGAUAGUGCGAAUUGCGGGGCAUUGGAAGUCGCUGGCUUACGAGACCUACAUUCGCGUGUUUGAGCAGAUCUCUUCACGGCACCUCGCUAACGCAGCAGCACGGUAA